AGCAAGGCCCACUCGCAUUUGGUUUUGCAAGCCUCGACGAUCGAUCGAUCGAGUUGUGUUGCGAAAUCGAUCGAUCGAGUUGCAAGGCCAGACUCGUGUAGAAUCAGGACAUGCCGGGGGAGAUUCAGAGGAAGCAGACCUGGCACGGCGACAUGGUGAAGGCGCAGGAGCGCAUUCACGCUCUUCACCGCGUCUUGGGUGCUUUCGACUCUUACAACGCUCUUCUGGAUUCUGAGCUGCCUGCGAAACAUUUGCUCCAUGAUGAAAACGUCGCGGAUAAAAUUUCCAGGCGGCUUUUGCAACCAACCUCGGGGAAGGGGAAUGAUCAAGUCUGCCAGUGGCUUUUUGACACUUAUCAAACGCAAGAUCCCGCCUUGCAACUCGUGGUGCUUCGCUUCCUACCUGUUCUUUGUGGGGUCUACUUACCUCGCAUUACCACCAGUCCAGACGGACCUUUAGCAGGUUUUGAGGCGGUUCUGCUGGCACUGUAUGCUGCAGAAACCAAGGCUCGUGGAGGAAGGCCUGUGAUGAUUAACAUUCCAGAUCUCGGCCAUGCCAGCCUCUACCAUUCCCCGCGCCAGACAGUUGGCUCUCCUCAACCUCAUGUUGAAGUCAUUUCACCAGCAUUGGAGCCUCAAAGCUCAGUGAAGAGCACAAAACGGACAGUGAUCGUAGCAGUUGCUCUCGAGUUAUUCUACAAGCGGAUCAUAAUGAUGCCAUCAAAAUCGAAGUUUGACCUGUGUCAUUAUGCUAGAAGCUGGGCAGUGAAGGGUUGCAGCUGGAGCAAUGCAGUUGAGACCUUGGCAAGGUCUGCGCUACCACCGCCUCCUUCCCUAAACCCUGCUCAAGUAGGAUCAUCUUCAUCGUUAGGAGCUGCAUUGACGCUUGGCGAGGCCCUCACUUUAGAUCAGGAGCCUCAAGAUCCACCACUUCUGAAGAAAUCCAAUCGACCAGGAAGAUGGGAUGUAUCCGAUCCGCCAGGAAAUGACGCUAACGAUCGCGAUGCGGCCUGGGAGGCCGACUAUCAAGAUAACCCUACUGAUGGCCCUCGCAUGUCCCUAGAGCUAGAAUUGCUUCGCCCUGUGUUUAAGAUCCUCGGGCACUGCCUGAUGGCUCCUUUAAGUAGCCCGACCCUCAAAGCUGCGGCGGUAGAAGCUGCGAAAGCAUUGUAUGCCAGGUCGUCGCAGACUUUGCUUCCCGAAGCUAUGCUCGCUUCUCGAAGCCUCAUACGACUCAGCAUGGGCUCCUCCUCACUGUCACUCUCCCUCUCUACCAAAGUUUAGGGUUUACCAAGGUGCAGAAGGCCAGCAGAGUGUUUAAGUUUAGAUGAUACUUGAGGGAUUAUUAUUGUUUUUGGUGCUGCAACAACCAUUCUUGCCUGACUUUAAUUAUUCGUUGUCACUCUUGGGUCGGUUCAUUAUUCUACAUGUGGCCCACAUAUCUAUCAUGCCAUAUACACCGUAAUGGCAAAUCGAAAUUUCUCUUUCACUUGUC